AUACCCAAUGUUCAGGAUAAGUGGACGCUUGUCAGUCUAGGAAAGAUGUGCGCGAAUGCGUACGUGAGGUCGCCGAGCGACGAUGGCUGGAUAGAGGGUGACAAAGAAUGGGAGAAAGGUCACGCGAUUGGCUGGCAAGGCGAUGGUCUCCGUGGUCACGUUUUUGUGGAUCUGUUGCUGCGGGUCGUCAUUAUUGCGUUCAAAGGGACGACGACGCGAUUGUCGGUCGAUGGCGAUGAUACGGUUGAUAACGACAGAUACAAUGACAAUCUUUUAUUUUCAUGCUGUUGUGCUGCGGAAAGCGGCACCUGGGCACCCGAGGUUUGCGACUGCUACAGCUCUUCGCGGUCGUAUCUGUGCUCCAACAGUUGUGUUUCCGGGAGUUUGAGAGGAGAGAGCUCUUACUACACGCAAUCUUUAAGCGUCUACCAGCAUGUGCGGCAUAUGUAUCCCAUGUCUUCGAUUUGGUUGACAGGCCACUCUCUCGGCGGUGGCAUUGCGAGUCUGCUCGGCCGCACGUACAAUCUACCUACGAUCACGUUUUGUGCGCCCGGUGAGAAGCUAGCUGGCGAAAGACUCGGGAUCGCAGGCGGUGCUGAAGACGGACACAUCUACCACGUUGGCAACACGGCGGAUCCGAUCUUCAUGGGCGCAUGCAACGGCGCGCUGGCGGUGUGCUCGGUUGCAGGGUAUGCGCUGGAGACGGGGUGUCAUAUGGGGUAUGAGUGCGUGUAUGACACGGUGAAUGACAAUGAGACGGUGAUGUCGGUGGGGAAUCAUGGGAUCCGGAAGAUGGUUGAGAUCAUGGAGGGAUAUGGGUCUGCGCCGGCGUGCGAGAGGCGGGAUGAGUGCAGGGAUUGCUUUCUGUGGGAUUAC